AUGCAAAGAGCCACUCGUAUGAAACGCGAACUCGAUAUUUUGUCGAGAGAACCUCCUCCUGGAAUCUCAUGUUGGAUGGUUGAUGACCAAAUUGACAAGCUUCAAGCAGGUUUUUUUUAUUUCUUACACCUUAGGUUUCUUCUUCCAUCCAAACUGGCUGGUGCAACAUGUUUACCAAGUGAAUAGCAAGUUUCAAGUUACGUCACAAAGAACACAGCACAAUAAUCCCUAUCCCUUAAGCUUCACAGAAUUGAACGACACAACAGCGCAUGUAGUGACUUGGUAUUUCGAGCAUCACCCCCCAGUCCAGGGAAAGACGAAUUAAACCUCUGAAAAUUAUGCUUGUUUAACCAACCGCUACAUCCCCCUCGGGCAUACCCCGUAAAUAUUCUAAUUUUUUUUUCAUAACCUACUUAUUGGUCUAUUCCCCUAUGCUGGGGCGCAUAGAAAGGGACAAUUCCCAAUACCGGGAACUGUUUGCAGUUAUUCAUAGCAGUGUUCCUAUUUUGCUAAGAAAAAGCAAAAAUGAUGGAGCUAUAUGAAGAAACAUGCUAUUUAUGGACCUAGUCUGAGAUUAGUUUCUGUUUUACAUGAGAACGGUACAGUCUCAGAUUGGUACGAAAGUAACUCAUGUCGGGUCAGUGACCAAGAUGAAGUCAGACCGGUCUGAGUUCAUUUUUAGGCUUACCCAAUGUAAAUGCUUGAAAAGAAAUAUAUGGAGAUCGAUACAAACUCAUACCAGUCUGAGUUUGUCUUGGUCACAUGUAAUUACCCCCUUUCCCCCUUAGUCCCUUGGUGUAUGUGUGGAUGCUGAGUGGGUGUAUUAGACUGUUUUUUAGGCGCUUUUUUCUCUUUCCAGAAAUUGUUGGUUCAGAUGGAACUCCUUACGCUGGAGGUUCUUUCAGACUAGAAAUACAUCUCCCUGAGAGGUGAGUGUAAGACUGUAGUGUUAGCUUCUACUUCAAAAAUUGGGAAAAUUCUAAUCAGGCCUUUUUGCAAGUAUCAAUAAAAAGGUGCCAAGAAAUACAAACAAAGGUGGGUGAAGUGCUAACUGAGAGAUGAAAACACAAGAGUGAGAGCAAAAUUGUUGCCCACUUAAAAUUCAGAGCAAACUUAAAACAACUCAGUGAGACUGAGUGUGAUGUAAUAAAAGGCCACUUGUAAUAAGAGGUCACAUGACCAAUACUUCCUUCAAACAUUGGGCUGGAAUCUUGCUGAUGCCAAAAAUUGACAGAGCACAUGAAAAUUAUCUUACACCCGAAAUUUGAGAGUAAACACAUUUAGGGGACAUAUUUUAUGGCACUUUAAUUUUUCAACAAAGUAGUAUGUUUUGUACAGGGUUCACACAUUCUUUAAAAGUCCUUAUAUUUAGCAUUGCUCAAGGAAUUUUACAGUGCUUUUGCUGAUGUCAAUCAUUUCUCCCAUGUUGCCUUUGCGCUGCGUGCAGUAGCUUUUUAAUUUAGCCGUUUUUGUGCCCAGCCCUCCCUUCCAUCUGGAUGUCCUUUGGUAAGUAUCUGUGAUACUCUCCACUGAGGUCACACUCAGUGUGACAGCGCCUGGCGGUUGCCACUUCAGGAUCAUCAUGGUUACCUUCCUGAAUCACUCGCAACUCACUCAGUUUGACUAGGCACAUUCCCCACGCCCACCUAUUGUAGAUGGGUUUAACAAAAGCUGUACUUUAUGCAUUGGAUGAUGUGGGUAGCAAGUGCAAGAUUGUAAACCCUCAAUGGUAAAUGAAAGAUUGUUUGUAUCAUUCAUUCAUUUAAAAAAAGCAAUGAAUGAUACACACGGACAUGGUCAGUACGGUUGCCCAGCAUCUUUAUUCAUAGACACUCUGAUAAGGGACACUGGGGCGGCAUCCACCAGCCAACUCUCAAUCUGCAUGGAAAAUAAUUAUGCCACUUCCACAUUUCCCAUAAUGCACCUUAUUUGCCCCCCAAAAUUUUGCAUAACCUCUGUUUUUCAUUUCUCCUGGGUAUUACAGACAUCCCAAGAGAAAUUGAAAACAAUCCUUAUGCAAAAUUUUGGGGGCAAAUAAGGUGCAUUAUGGGAAAUGUGGAAGUGGCAUAUUGUCCAUGCAGAUUGAGAGUUGGCUGGUGGAUGCCGCCCCAGUGUCCCUUAUCAGAAUGUCUAUGAAUAAAGAUGCUGGGCAACCGUAUUGACCAUGUCCGUGUGUAUCAUUCAUUGCUUUUUUAAAAUUGCAGGUAUCCAUUCUAUCCACCAAAAGUGAAGUUUGUAACAAAAAUCUACCACCCCAAUAUUGAUGGCAAUGGGCGUAUAUGCCUUGACACCCUUCAAAUGCCUCCCAAGGUAAUGUACACAAAAAACUGUAAAAACAUGCUUAUUAGGGAACAUUAGUCUGAAAAGAUUUUAACUUGAUACAAAAAUGUAUUUUACUGUAGUAGUCAUCAUAGCUUUGAAACUUUUUUGAGAAACUACAUGUGUUGAGAAAAAAAAAACAAUGACUGGCUUUAAUUAAUUAAUAAGCUUCAAUUAAGUAAACACAAGACAUGAAGUACUUCAAUGUUGCAAACUGGACAGUAAUAAUUAUAAUUAUUACUUACAUGUAAGCUGUGACUUUCUCUUUAAGGUACUUAUAACAAGAUUUUCUUGUUGUUUUUAUCGGAGUUGUUUGAGUCCAUCAGUCUGGAAAUUGAAUUACCAUCGGGCCAUCAUAUGUUGAUGUGUGGUAUUUAUCAUCCACCAAGAUCUAAAUACCAGGAAGACGACUUAAUUGAAUAUAUCACGGACAUUGUAGAUCAGUUUCUCGAGUGUCAUCCGAGUGGACUAGUGCUAUGUGGAGGAGACCUCAACCGGCUUGACUUGGAAAAGCUUUCGAAUUUAUCUGGUUUAAAAGCGCUGGUUGACUUUCCAACUCGAGGCAAUUCUGUUUUGGACAAUUGCUUGACUAACAAUGAAGCUCUCUUUUCUAGGUGUUAUCCUAUUGUCGCCCAAAUGAAAACAGACCAUGAAGGUGUAAUUUUACCAGCAGGUGUGAGACUAAAGCCCUUGAGAAUUAGUUGCACAAUGCGUGAUUACCGAGAGCAUCGCAAGAUCAUGUUUCACCGUAAGCUCCUCGAACAAGACUGGAAUCACGUUAAUGAUAACUUUGACCUCGAUACCGCGGUGAACUCGCUUCACUCUACUUUAGAGAAAUUAAUGAACGAAUGUUUUCCAAGAAAAUCGAUUCGAAUGUCUUCUAGAGACCCUCCGUGGAUGAGUCCCUUAGUGAAAUCGCUCCUGAAGAAGAAAAAAACAAGAUCUCGAAAAGGCGGCGGGAGAGACCUAACUGAACUGACGGAGAAGAUAGGACGACUAAUAGCUGAAAAUCGCCGAGCUUUGGCGUCUGGGAAACUUGGAUCGCGAGCCUGGUGGAGGAAAGUUGAUCGACUGUCUAUGCGUAAAGACAAGUGCAGCUCCGAUCCAGAUGAAGAUUUCAUCAUUGGUUUAAAUGAUUAUUUCGGCGACAUUUGCUUUGAUAGGGAAUAUUCUAAACCAGUUCCUGCCGAGAUUGAUGUUAACACCCCUGCUCCACAACUAUCUACAUUUCAAGUGUUUCUUGCCUUAUCGCGAAUAAAGCGUACUGCCACCGGACCUGAUGGGAUUCCUUUCUGGAUAUGGAAAGAUUUUGCUGAGAUAUUUACCCCAGUGAUUGAGAAUUUAUGGAACUUAUCUCUUGCUCGGCAGAUCUGGCCAAGUCGUUGGAAGGAGGCUAACAUCAAUCCACUCCCAAAAGUCGAGACACCAGUCGAAUAUGCGGACUUUAGAGGAAUCAAUGUUACUCCAGUUAUUGCCAGAACGUUUGAAAGAACAGUGUAUAACAUUUUUAACAAGAGGUGCCUGGAGGAAUAUCUGAAUAAUUCUCAAUUUGCGUACCGUUCAGGUGGAAGUUGUGUUAACGCUCUGUUGAAAAUGCAACAUACAUUUCUUGCGGCAUUGGAUAAACGGGACACCUUAGCGGUGAGAAUGUUCACGAUGGAUUUCUCUAAAGCCUUUGAUAACGUUAAACACAAUCUUCUAGUUGAAAAGCUGAAACAUAGUCCACUUGAUUCAUUCAUUGUUAACUGGUAUGCCAACUUUCUCGAAGGUAGAAAACAAAGGGUGAUUUUUAAUAAUUUGACAUGCCAGUGGAAAAUUGUUAACAAGGGAACAACACAGGGAAGUGUCAGUGGCCCAUAUCUUUUCAACAUAUUUUUGAAUGACCUAGAGAUAGAUGGGUACAAAGAUAUAUCCUUGUUUAAAUAUGCAGACGAUUCAACCGUCUUAGUCACGAUUACUAAAGAUUCCCCGGAUAUAUCUGACAUUGCCUUGUCCAAGUUUAUGGAUUGGACUGUUGCAAAUGACAUGCAUUGUAACACUAGUAAAUGUAAGGAGCUAAUUAUGCGUAAGAGAGGCAAUUCAACAGUCUACCCAAUGUCUCACAAUAUCAAACAAUAUAAUAACAUUUCUUUAUUAGGCGUCACAAUUCAAGGUAAUUGUAAGUUUGGCUUGCAUGUCAAGGCCAAGCUCCAUGAAGCCAACAAGUGUUUAUUUGUCAUCAGAAGCCUACGUAAAGAAGGAUAUACACAAGAUGAAAUAGACCACCUCUUUAAUUCAAUUGUGAUCCCUAAGUUAUUAUACGGUCUUUCAGUUUAUGCUGCAAGUGUUUCCGAACUUACUGUUAUACAAAGGUUUUUAAAAAGAUGCUGUAAGAGGCGUUAUACGUCGUUCAAUUACAACAUAUAUGAACUUUUGGAGAAAAGCGACAGACGCCUUUUUUAUAACCUCAAACGCGAUGACCAUCCAUUAAAAAGCUUGCUCCCAAGGUACAAAGACUGUAUUGCAAACCUUUGAAGGAAAUCCAUUGUCAGGCCCAGCAUUAACACUGAACGUUUCAAAGAUAGCUUUAUUAAUAGAUUAAUUUUUAAAUAUAAUCUAGCUGUGUAAAUACCCCAUAUGUAUUUUUAAUCAAUUUAAUCUUUUUUAUUCGUCUUAAUCAUUGUAAUUUUUUUUUUUUCUAUCAAUAUAUAUUUUUACUGUAACAUCAGAUAUGUAAUUUUAUUGGAUGCUUUUUAAUAAAGACGUUAUUUAUUUAUUUAUUUAAUAAAUUCUUAAAUAUGUGUAGAUAUGUAUCUGACAUUUAAACUCAUCAAAAAUCUUGCAAAAUUUAUCUUUUGUCUUCAAAACACCGCAAAUUUUCUCCAAAAUGUCUGCCCUACUGCGUGGCCAAAUUAGUCAGUGUGAUGUAGAAAGAUCUGCAAGAAUGUAGAAUAAUUUACAAAAUGGCGGCAAAUAGGAUUGUUGUUGUCGACAACUCACCAACCAUCUUCAGAAUCUGCAUCAACUUUGCUGUACUUUUGGUCACAGUCAAGUUAUCCCUUAAUUCCACAAAACAAAACAAAAAAUUACCAGAAUCAGAAGCAAAGACUGAGCAAAUGAACAUGAUGUCAUCAGCCUUAUUCUUGAUCCUUUACUCAUUCACAAUCUGUGACAUUUCUGAAGUUGAAAGAGCACUUCUUGGGUGCACAAAAUUCCAGAAAAUUUUAGGAGACACGUUUUUAAAGUUCAGAAUCGUUAAUUAAACUUAUCUAAGAACCAAAGUCAGUUUGAAAAAAAUUGGUGUCAUAUACACAAAAAAAUAAAUGUACUAUUUCUAAUUCAAGGUCAUGUUCUGUUUAUUUUUUCAUGGGAAAUGCUUUUAUUUUUCGUGUUCAAAAUAUAAUACAUCAUUUAAGUUGUCUGCUUAAUUUUGUUAGGGAGCAUGGAAACCAGCAUUGAACAUAUCAACAGUGCUAACGUCAAUACAGCUUCUGAUGGCAGAACCAAACCCUGAUGAUCCACUUGUGGCAGAAAUUGUAAUUAUAAUAUUGUUACAAAAUUUGUACAUCAGUGGUUUUCAUUUCUCGUGAUAUGACAUGCAUUUUUGGCUAUCACAUAAUAUUUAACUUAUCAACUGUUAUAUCAACACAUUAUUAUUAUUUGCAAUCAGCAUACAUAGUGUAUCAUGUUUGUCACAUGACCCAAGACUCUCACAAGUCUGUAGCUCAGUGGUAGAGCAUUUGGGCUGGUAGUCAGAAGCUCAUAGGUUUGACUUCUGAUAGAAAAAUUCAAAUUUUUUCUGAGUCACCUGCAUCACUGACUGAAGUCACAAAAUUCUCAUAUUCUUAACGCUUAAAUUCACCAUUGUGCAUUAAAAAAAUACCAUUGGUUAUGCGCCUGACUAGCAGUAGACUCAUAGUGACCGUCUCCUGUUGCUCAUUGGUCAGCAUACAAAGAAAGUCAUGUCCGAUAGCCCGGGGCUAGUGGAUUUUGCUAUUGGGCUAGUGAUUUUUGUUCUCAACUUGCCCGAUGGGCAAGUGCUGUUUUGGGAGGAAAUUCAAAUUACAGAAGGAUUUUAAUCAAUCCUGCUAAUCAAAAAGGGUUUUGGGGCUAGUUGAAAUGACUUAUGGGCUAGUACAUGCCAGCUACAGCUUGCCAGAAUGGCAGGCUGUAAAAGUGACUUUUUUUGCACCCUGUUGGUAGAGCAUUUUGCCUAGUAACGUGAAGGUCUUUGGUUUGACUUAUGUUGGGCAAACUUGGACUUCUUUUUCCUUGUUGCCUGAGUGUGUGACUGAAAGAAACAUCGUGGUCAGAACUUCUUUUUAGAUUUCCUACGGCACAAUUGAGGAGAACUUAUUAAAGCCCCUAUAGGCCCUGAAAACAAAAAAAUACAUCCAAUUAUAAGCCCUCCUGGCUGGAUAUAAGCCUCCAUUUAAAUACAUUCAUUAAUGGAGGUUUAAUGUUGCUUUCUCUUCAGUCUGAGGAAUACAAAUUCAACAGGCCUCAAUUUCUUCAAAAAGCAAAGGAGUGGACUCAAAAAUAUGCAACAGGCCAUAAGAUAUCUGCAGCUGCAUCAGUGAAGGUAGUAAAUACAGCUGUAGUUUAGCAACUUGUGUUAUUAACAGAAUUUGUUUACAUUUGGAAUGCUAUCAAACGUUGCCGUUACCUCUUAAAUGAAACUAUGUUACAUACAGAAACUCUUUGGUUAAAUAACAGCUAUGUAACAGACUAUGUUUAUUCAAAAAGGGGUAUGUAUUAGAUCAUUAUUUACAGUAAGUUGCCUGAAUGGAAUCUGCUGAAGUUGAAGGGAUGCCUCUCUCCAGACUAAUGUCUUUCUAUACUGUGAUCAGGCUACACGAUUAAAAAAAAAUCUUAAAUUCCAGCUUGUCUUCUGGGCAAGCCAUUCUACAUAUUUUUGCUUUCCCAGGGCCACUUCCUGCUCCUCUUAGUUAAAGAUUUUGUUCAAGGAUAAAUUGCCUGGACUCUUGCCCAUUGGUCAAGUAAGCUAGAAAACUUACUUGCCCAGCAAGAAAACCUGCUUGUCCCGGACUACCAGAUGGGACUUUUAUCGAGUCUUGAGGCUAUAGAGGAUCUCUUAGAGACAGCAAGACAACGCCCAUAUUACAAUUAUCAGAAACUGAAAGCAACAAGUUCUCUUUGAAUAAGUAGAUAAUCAGAUUUUUUCCUGGCAGAGACCCCUGUGGUUCGACGUUACAGUCUCAUAAGCAACUUCCUUCCCAAGGAGAUCAGUAUUGGCUUUUGGUUGGUGGCUUAUGCAAAGUUAAACUGUAUUAAGUAAGUUGUUUUUUUUCUCUAUGUAGGGCUCUUUAGUUGGCCAAAGAGGUAAUGAAGAGAGCAGCAGUGAUUCAGAGGAGGACAGUAGUGACGAAGAAAAUGCUGAAAAUAAUCCCCGUGUUUGCCGCACCCAGGGUACCAAGAGAGGCUCUUCUGCACGCCUCCCUAGUGAAUGCAAAAUUCUGAAACAAGCUAAUGCAUGA